AUGUGGCUGCUGUUGGGCCCGUUCGACGGAGAGCAAAAUGACCUCAGCUUUACGAAGACAAAGCUGCUGAAACCCGACUCCAAGUAUCUCGUUGGUCGCAAAGAUGCCCAAAUCCUUGUGCGAAACAAGAAGAUAUCCUCAGAACACGGGGAGUUCGUGGUGGAUUCAUUUUCGGUUGAACAGGCAGGGACGCCAGGCUGUAGGCCGACUCUCACAUACAACAACUUUAAAAAAGAAUGGCUUACAAUUCGGUCAAGCGGGAGGGAACCUCAGCGGAACCCCCAGGGCCAACCAAUCGAGGUUCACAGUGGUGACACUUUGCAGAUUGUGAAUGGAAUUACGGUCCAGUUUGGUAGAGUCCUCUGGAACCCAAUCUGCUGCUAUUCCGGGGCCGCAAAGGCUCAGUUGCCUGUACCGCCCGAGUCGUGCGCUUCACUCGGUGUAAAUUACACGUUUGACCCAGCUAAGGAUGUAACACACCACCUAAUAUCUUCAUACGCUGCAACUCCGACGAUAGCCACCUCUUUGGUUGGAUCGGCCCAGUUCGUCACGCCUGCUUGGCUGCAAGAGGUGGUGCGGCUAGGCACUCUCCCGCUGGACUGUGACCCCUCGUCCGGCGUCCCGCUCGAGGUUUCAUUCGCUCUGCCUCCUGUCAGCAAGUACCGCCCGAGCUUCUCGCCAACCCUUCCCGCAGCGCAAAAAGACUACAGUGUUUGGGAACCUAACGAAGCGCGUUUGAAGAUGUUCCAUAAGUUUCGAUUCCUGUGCGUUGGGGAGAAGCCUAGAGAGGUCCCACUCGAUGUGAGGAACCUUAUCAGCAAGGGAGAGGGGUCAAUCGAGGUGUUUGAAGUCCAUUCGGGUGUGACCAAAUUCCAAAAGGCACUGAAGCGGGGCAGUGUGAAGGAGGGGAAGACGUUGGGUUGUUCUGGGUGA